CGUCGAAGCAACGGCAGGAACUGGGUGUCACCCCCGAUUUGCCGCCUCUGUUUUGCGAGGAGGUUCCUACCAUCCUCCAUUGCGAAUGCUUACUUACUGAGGCAUCUUCUUCCACUUCUUUUUUUCUUGCCGCCUCGAUUUCACCCCCGAUCGCCAAUUCUAGGGUCCCGAUUCCGCCUCGAUCGCUCGAUCCUUCGCCAUGGGGACGGGCUGCAAGUCGGCGUUGCACCAUCUGCACAGGGACAAGGCCAGGAACCGGGUGGACGACCUCCAGUCCGCCAUCAAGGAUUGCCGCGCCGCCGACGUCGCUGUCCUCGAGGAGCAGGUCCACCAGAGGCUCCGCGAGUGUUGGGCCGAGCUCAACCAGCCUUCACCCGCCACCUCCCUGCAGACGCUCCGUCUGUUGCAGCUGAGCGAGGAGGAGGAUGAUGCGACGAGCAAGCUGGCCGAGUUGGCGUUCGGGAACACACCAAAGCCCGAGCUAGUGGAAUUGCAACAAGCUGAUGUUGGAGCCGCACAAGGUGGACGGGCUGCCAACUUUCAAGAGGAAUACUAUGUGAAUCAGAAUGUAGUUGGGCAGAAGCUCCCAUAUGCCGACCACUCUGAGAGCAACCUCCAGACAGGGCCAGAUAAAGUGACUUGCCAUGAAGGGGUCAAUCAUUAUAAUUAUCAGCAAUACAAUAUGCAUCAAGAACUGCCCCAUGAUCUUUAUGUUGAUGUCGAUCCUACUGAGUAGAAUGGCCGAAAUGUGUUUCCCUAUAUGUCAGAUGUGCUGCCAGCUAUUUGCCCUCGGCCUUCUGCAUUUUUAAGGCCAAAGUGUGCUCUUUGGGAUUGUCCAAGGCCUGCUCAGGGAUCAGAAUGGUGCCGAGACUAUUGUAGCAGCUUCCAUGCCACUCUAGCGAUUAAUGAAGAUAUGCCAGGUAUGACGCUGGUGCUUCGCCCUGGAGGCAUCGAUUUGAAGGAUGGUCCACUUUUUGCUGCUCUUAGCACAAAAAUACAAGGAAAAUUUGUUGGUAUUCCAGUAUUUGAAGGUGCUGCAACUGCAAGGUCACCAUGGAAUGCUUCAGAGCUAUUUGAUCUUUGUGUUCUUGAAGACGAAUCACUAAGAGAAUGGCUUUUUUUUUGACAAGCCAAGGAGGGCAUUUGAGAGGGGGAACUGGAAGCAAAGUUCAUUGCCAAAUUAUAAUGGCCGUUGUUGGCAUGAAUCUAGGAAGCAAGUAUUGAAGGAAUAUGGGUGGUUCAAAAGAUCCUACUACAUGGAUCCUCAACCGCUAACUCACUAUGAGUGACAUCUGUAUGAAUAUGAGAUCAAUGAUUCUGAAGCCUUUGCAUUAUAUAGACUAGAAUUCAAGCUCAUUGAUCUAAAGGAAAGUGGCAAGGCUUAGUUGACCAGUAAUUCACUUGUGGAUCUGCAACAGCGGAUGGGAAGGCUCAAAGCAGAGAACAGUGUGGAUUCUAAGAAGAAUACCAAGAGCAGGACAAAAGCAAAUCAGAAAGACAGUGCUGGAGACUUCUAUGUAGCUUCAGACGUGGCUGAUCAAAAGGACAAUACUCCAAAUAUUUUCCGUGCUCUGAUCCAGAUAGCUUCUCUAGAUGAGAACUCUGCCUAUGAGCAAUAUGCUUGUACGGUCAAUAGCUUGAAUGACUGUUAUGGAAAAUAGGAGAAUGUUAGCAACCACUUGAAACUUGCUGCAUUCAGACACGUAAUCAGCAUUUUCUCACUCAUUUCUGGUAACGAGUUGUUUUGCUUCAAUUUACAGCAUACAUCCUAGCUGUUUGAUGCUGCUAAUUAGUCACAGCCUUCUGACUCUGUUUUUCUGGUACUUUAUAAUACAAGUCUGCAGUAUUAAGGAUCAGCAAGUGUUAGAAAAAAAGAAUCAUUUUGAAGCACAGCAGCUUGAUCAUUCUGAAAGUUACAGUAUGUUGCCGACUGUAAUUAUGUCAAUUGGCUUGACAGUAGAGCAUCUCUGUUUUUGGGAUGCAUCUUUUAACUGGAAGGACAACUAACUAGUUAUUGCAUGGCUUUUUGGAAUGGGAGAUGAGAAAUUGUAUGCUUCUCUCGGUCUCCACGGUGCAGUGUUUUCCUGAGAUUUUGAAAAAGCUUAAUUUGUUAGUGGUUCUAGUCAUCUAAAUCUCAAAUCUUUUUGCACUAAAGGCUUGCUGGCGCAGGCUAAAGCCUGUUUGAACCCUUUUUUCUGCAUCUGAAAGCUGCUGUUGUGAUUUUGAGGUUACACCCUGAUAUAUCAGUAUUUUGUUGGUUGCAGUACUAUAUAGUUAUACAGGAUGAAGAAAGAUGAUACAGCUAUUCUGUUGUGAAUUACUUGGAGGACAGUGUGUUUUGUUCAUUCUGAACGUAUAUUGCCUGUCAGAGUGUGUAAAAUUGAAAAGCAGUGAAAUCUGAUUGUGAGAUAACAGUCCUCAAAAUGUAGUCCUCAUGUUUCAGAAAUGUUGUUCCUCAAGCAAUAGCAGCAUGAGUUCUUUUAUGGUAUAGAUGAAGAUAAAUGUAACAGAAACUGCUGCUUGGAAUCUCAUGCUGUCAUGUAAUCUGCUAAACUGACCCAAAGCUUAUAUGAUGUGAUUGAGUGAGCAAUCUUCAGAUAUCAAAUGAUGAUAGCCACGAAAGCCAGCCUAGUUUGCUUGUGAGAUGGUAAUGGAGGUGGAUAUGUUUCAGCACACAGAGUGCCCAGUCCGGUGCGUAAUGGAGAAAGGGUGCAGAGGAGAAGUCAGUCAUAGAUAUAUCUGAUGUCCAUAGAUCCUGUUCCUCAAUAUGUUCAGCCACUCAUGCUCAAAGAAGCACAUCAACAGCAGGGUAGUAAUCAAGGCAAAGGACAUCUGCAACUUAUCCAUGUUUCACUCAGAUUUCUUACUCCAUGGCCUAUAUCAUAAG